AUGGCACAGACACAGAUAGCAGCCAUCGUCCCCUCCUCUGGCGCCUCAGCAGACACCGUCCUCCGCAUCACAACAGACCAUCCCAUCCCUGUCCCCGCAGAUGACGAACUGCUUGUGAAACUUGAGUACUCUGGCGUCUGUCAUUCAGACCUGCACAGUAUUCGCGGCGAGACGCCUAUGUUGACGGAUGUGGCAGGGCAUGAGGGGGUGGGGAGGGUAGUCAAAGUCGGAGCCAGUCUUGACGAAAGCGAAUGGAGGGAUAAAAGGGUUGGGAUCCGAUGGCUAUAUAGCUCCUGUUUGAGCUGCGAGAUCUGUGAAAUCAACAAUACAGCAUGUCCGUACCAGAAGAAUGCCGGUGCUAAUGUCCCCGGGACCUUCCAGCAAUAUAUCGUUAGCCCUGCAAUCCAUGUCACCAGCAUCCCUUCAGAACUUCCCCCGGACACAGCUGCUCCGCUGUUGUGUGCCGGAAUUGCAAUGUACUCCUCCAUUAUGAAAACGAGAACUAGACCGGGAGACUGGAUCGUUUUGCCUGGGGCGGGCGGCGGUCUCGGCCACAUGGGGGUUCAAAUAGCAGUCAAGAAGGGCCUAAAGGUUAUUGCAGUCGACAGUGGAGAAAAGAAAAAACAGUUAUGUCUAUCACUGGGUGCCUCAAAGUUCCUCGACUAUAGGGCCGACGACGUGGAAAGCGAGGUCAAGGCUCUAACUGCCGGGCUAGGGGCACACGCAGUGAUAUGCACCGCCAAUAGCGAGUCUGCCUAUAUGCAGAGCAUGCGGAUGCUCCGAAGGCUCGGGGUCUUGGUCUGUGUUGGUAUCCCAAAUGUACCGUUUCGGCUGCCAGCUACACCAUUCGACAUGAUUGUCAAGGGCCUCACAAUUGUUGGAAACUCUGCAGGAACAGCCAAGGAGAUGGCUGAGCUGAUGGAAAUGGCCGUGGCAGGGGAUGUCAAAGCCCAUAUUGAAGUCUUUGACCUUUCCAUGAUCAACGAGGUCUUUGACAGGCUGGAGGCAGCCGCUAUUGAUGGCAGGGCCGUCUUGAAGAUCCCGGAGUAA